AUGAUGGAUACUAUGUCUAUUGUCGUUGACGACGAGACAAAAAGGUCUAUCCAUGAACAACAUGACACCUAUCCGGACAAUGACAAUGAUGACAAGUACACAGUGGCUAGUACUGUCUCAACAGCCUUCACCUUGGGCUCUAACUACACAACUGGAACAGAAAACUACAUACCCGUGUCACGGUUGAGUAAACACAGCUUUAAACUUCGAACCACAUCAAGUUUCCCGAGUAUACUUAACCUUUACAAGCAUCCUAUACUCGAGGAGGGAGGCGAUAAAAAUGACGUCAUCAUCAAGAGAAAGCCGGGACACCGACAAGAGGGAAAAGGAAAGAAAACUUCUGAAAAGGGAAAAGUGGACUGGGAUCAAGUGAUAGAAUCAAGAAAUAAACAAGAGGGUUACAAUAUGAAACAAAGAGCUAUUCGAAUCGAAGCAGUAGCCAGAGAUCAAAUGGAAAAAUAUGAAAAAUAUAUUAAAAAUCUGAAAGCUAAAGUCGAACUUCAACGAGAAGCACGUAGAAAACAAUACGAGGAGCUAACGGAACGCCUACGACAAAAGGAGGAAGAGGAUAAAAAACGACGAUAUCUCGUAUUGAAAAGACCGAAAAUGGAAUACAUACACGACAAAAAAUAUCUUAAGAAACUUCCCAAAUCUAAAUUCACAAAGAUGGUGUUAUUGUCAGACGAUCUACAAAAGAAAGGGGUUCUAGGCACCAGGAGUGAUGUAGACAGAUUUUGGAGUGACUUCGGAAAAUCAGGAAUGGAAACUGAUAUAUUUGCCGCAAAAGAUCCUUUGAAAGAAGUUCAAGAAUCCAACGAUUGGAUAGGGCGUCGGCUAAAUGGUCCUCCCCCUCCAAGGAAAGACACGUAUGGAAAUCGAGGGUAUCCACUCCCACCAGUCAACAGCAAGAAGAAGAAAAAGAAACGAACGCCGAUUGAAGAAUCUACGGCACAGGAAGGGAAAGUGAACGCUCCAAGUAUCCAAAUUGAUGAAGACUCUGAGAAUACCGAAAAAUGA